AACUAAUGCAAAACAUACUAGAUUAUAACACUUUCUCCGCCCUUAAUUUUUGACAAAGUUCAAGUUUUCCUGAAAUCGUCGGAUUCAAAUCGAUUAAUAACCUUCCGAAUACGACCACUUUUUCGAAGUUGAACUACUUCGGUAGAACGUUCUUCACUAGGCAUUAAUGUUGAUUGGCUAGAUGAAGGCGGUGUGGCAUUGAUGAAAUUUGGAGUGAAUUCAAAAAUUGGUUGUGAAGAGAGGUCAGAGCUACUUCUAGUUUUAAGCUGAUUAACAUGACGUUUGAUGUAACCAAAAGAUGUGUUCACUCGGUAAACCAUUUUACCAAGUUGUUUCACAAUAACUCCUUUUAUCCAUUUUUCCCCUCUUGCGUAGUUUCGAGCGAAGACGGGUUGCUUUAGACUGAAUUUCAUUUUCCGUUUCGAAGCUUCAAGGUGCUUCCUAGGCGAUUCAAACAGUUGACUCAACAAGGUACGAACAGGCCUUCCAUGUAAAAGUUCCGCAGGUGAUUUACCUUCAGCAUUCGGCAUUGCACGAUAUGUUGCAAGAUAUUUUGAUACAGCGAAUUUGAGAGACAAUCCAUCGUCAAUGUUUUUCUGAACAGCAGUUUUAAAAGAUCUGACGAAUCGUUCGGCUAACCCGUUUGAGGCUGGAUGAAACGGCGCUGUUGUUAUAUGUUUGAUGCCAAGUUUUGAGCAAAAAUGUUUGAAUGCUUCAGCUGUAAAUUGCGGACCAUUGUCACUUACGAUGGUUUCUGGUAUACCUUCCAGAGAAAAUAUAGAAGACAAUGCUGAUACGGUGUCAACCGUUGUUGUUGUAGAUAGUUGUACAACGAACGGAAAUUGCGAGAAAGCGUCGACACAAAUUAGCCACAUUGAAUUACAAAAUGGACCAGCAAAGUCGAUAUGUACUCUCUCCCAAGGUCGAUCAGCUUCAGGCCAGCUUAAGUAUUCACGUGCGUGAACAGGAUUUGCAAUUUUGCACACAUCACAAUUUUCAGUUAAUUGUGCGAUGUCUUUGUCAAUAUCUACGUUGGCAUACUGGCGAACGUCCAUUUGUUUGCUCAUGGAUGUUUUGCGGAAAACGCUUUACUCGAUCUGAUGAACUGCAAAGGCAUCGUAGAACACAUACUGGAGAAAAACGUUUCCAGUGCCGUGAAUGUAAUAAAAAAUUCAUGCGAAGCGAUCAUCUUUCGAAACACAUUAAAACUCAUUACAAAGUCCGUUCAUCAAUUGAUGGCUUUGAAGUACGUUCUCCAAUCGAAGUGAUGGAUAUGCUUAAGCAGGAAAAAUUAGAACACGAAUCUGGUGCAGAAAGUGAUAGUAAAGGGACUGAAAACACCAGCACACCAAAAAGUAUUACAACAGCAAAUGGCAUUGUCACUAGCCCAGAAUUGUUUUUGCUUCAUCGUCGAGUUCCAUUUGUAAAUACGCAUCCUUAAGGUCGAUUUUUGUAAAAUGUUGACCGCAAUUAAUUUUAUGGAAAAGACUUUCGCGUAUGGGCAAAGGAUAUUGUUCAAUGUCAAUUUGCGCAUUGACUGCUUGUUUAAAAUCCCCACAAAUUCUUAUGGAACCAUCAGCUUUUGGCGCUAGUACAAUAGGCGAAGCCCAUUGGGAAAACUUCACAGGUUUCCAAAUACCCGCAUUUGUCAAUCGAUUGACUUCUUUCUUGAAAAGUGACAUUUGCGAAAAUGGAAUUUGUCGGCUUUUGUAAAAUUUCGGAUGUGCAUUUGGCUUUA